GAUGAUGCCCGAGACCACCGCUCCGCGGGCAGUGCCCAGACAAGGUGGAGCCCGGCGGGCCCGCGAGUCCGAAACGUGUCCCAGGAGCUCCAGCGCACGUGACCUGCCACUGCCUCCCGCCGCCUCCUGCCCGCGCCAUGACCCAGCCGGUGCCCCGGCUCUCCGUGCCCGCCGCGCUGGCCCUGGGCUCAGCCGCGCUGGGCGCCGCCUUCGCCACUGGCCUCUUCCUGGGAAGGCGGUGCCCCCCAUGGCGAGGCCGGCGAGAGCAGUGCCUGCUUCCCCCCGAGGACAGCCCGCUGUGGCAGUAUCUUCUGAGCCGCUCCAUGCGGGAGCACCCAGCGCUGAGAAGCCUGAGGCUGCUCACCCUGGAGCAGCCGCAGGGGGAUUCCAUGAUGACCUGCGAGCAGGCCCAGCUCUUGGCCAACCUGGCGCGGCUCAUCCAGGCCAAGAAGGCGCUGGACCUGGGCACCUUCACGGGCUACUCUGCCCUGGCCCUGGCCCUGGCGCUGCCCGCAGACGGGCGUGUAGUGACCUGCGAGGUGGAAGCGCAGCCCCCGGAGCUGGGGCGACCCCUGUGGAGGCAGGCCGAGGCGGAGCACAAGAUCGACCUCCGGCUGAAGCCCGCCCUGGAAACCCUGGACGAACUGCUGGCGGCGGGCGAGGCCGGCACCUUCGACGUGGCCGUGGUGGAUGCGGACAAGGAGAACUGCGCUGCCUACUACGAGCGCUGCCUGCAGCUGCUGCGACCCGGAGGCAUCCUCGCCGUCCUCAGAGUGAUGCCAGUUCUGCUGGCGGCUUGCUCGUAUCUUCACAGCACAGUCAGCUCCCCAGCCUCACCUCUCCAGUGGAGGCCCUGGUGGGGGAACAUCACCUCUGAGAGCCAGAUCAGUUGGCCUGGACCUGAGGACCUCAGGGUUGACUUGAGUAUCCCGCCGUCUCCUUGAAAUUCUGAAGGAAAGUGAGGGGGAUCAUUGGCCAGGGAGGCGUGAAGCAAACAAGCCUAUAGGUACAGCAGUUGUUACCACACUCCCUAGAGGAUGAAGAGAACUUCAGGCUUUCCUGAACCAUCUGCCUAUGAGGUGAGGUGGAGAAGGAACCAGGCCUUAUGGAGCACUUUCGACCCAGGUGCUCUGCUUCUCAUUUAAAUCUCCCCAACCUCAUAGAUCUUACCUCUACUGACAGAUGAAGGUCAAAUUCUUUCCACUGACACUGCCUCAGGCAUAAGUGGCAUUAGCCUGGAAUUCAAGCAGCCUUUGUCGCUACCUGGUAAGCCUCGGUGAUGGGAAGUGUCCCUGGAGACUGCUGGAAGCAGGGCUAAAGAGCUAGCUACAUGAGGCUGGGUGCAGUGGCUCACGCCUGUAAUCCUAGCACUUUGGGAGGUUGAAGCAGGUGGAUCAUUUGAGGUCACGAGUUCGAGACCAGCCUGGUCAACACAGUGAAACCUGGUCUCUACCAAAAAUACAGAAAUUAGACAGGUGUAUUGGUACACGCCUGUAAUCCCAGCUACUCGGGAGGCUGAGGCAGAAUUGCUUGAACCCAGGAGGCGGAGGUUGCAGUGAGCCCAGACUGCACCACUGCACUCCAGCCUGAGCAACAGAACGAGACUCUUCUAAAAAAAAAAAAAAAAAAAAAAAAAAAAGCCACAUGACCUCACAGCUCCUGGGACACACUUUGCAUUUUGGACACUACACAGGACCAUGGCUGGAAACCUACACUUUUCUAACUCAUGAAAGCAUAUUAGGAUGCACAUGAGUGAAUAGGUUCAACUUACUCUAAACAGAUCCUUGACAAACAGCUAACUCACUUGUGCCACACCUCAGUCUAUAUCACUGUAGCCACUGCCCAAUAAAGGGCCACCUGUUAGCUAAGGGGCAGCAGUCGCCAUGACUAGGAUUUUUCCCUUUAGAGGACCACCAGCAGUGAUUAGUUACCUGUGGGUCUACUUUACACUGUAAGAGUUGCUUUCAGGCCUAGCCUGCAUGGACAUCUUUUCAUGUUUCUCCUCUUACCUGACUCAGGCUGACUCAAAUUCUAACCUUCUGUCCCUUAAGUCAUGUCUGUCUGGAGAGGGCUUUUCAGAGAACCAUGAUUCACAUGGGCCAUUCAAGGCAGUCCCCUAGGACAAAGUGGGACCAGAGGGGUCUUCAUGCCCCCAAUCCUCCUGUGUGGACAGCUUGCUUGAGCUCUGGUUUCUCACCAGCUUCUUCUCAAUCUCAAAGUUUGUAGCAUGUAUCAUUUCUUGGGUGAUGAGUCCUUCCAUUUUCUUACCCAUUUCUUAUCAAUCAGGCUCUACCAUUCUUCAGGUCUACUAUUACAGAUUUGUUGAACAAAUCUUCUCCAGACUUUAAUCGUAUCAUUCCAAUUAUCUCCUAUCAGAAAACUUGCUCCUUCCUACUUUUCCAAUCAGAACCACCUAUUAAUGUCUCAUUCGUACCCAGAUGAAGGCCAAUGCUACACAGCCAAAAGGGGCUGCCUCUGGUCUCCUACCUAUACCCACCUUCCAAUGUCUGCCUAGAAGGAAAUGAGUAAUGAUCUCUCAGAGUCCCACAGGUUACCCUUACUGUCUACAACUUACUCCUCUUCUGUACGCCUAACACCAUCUCACCAAACCAGGACCUACUUUAUUUUCCUAGCAGUAGCUCACAGGGGUAUGGUGUGUUUGUGUAUCUUUUCAGCACCUUCUUUUUCCUUUCAAUUAUGCAGGGCAAUUCUGCACAGACUUACAAACUGAAGAGUGUAAAAGCAUGUAUCCUCUUAUUGUAGUCUUAAAAAGCUCGUGGAAUUCUUCUAGGGACACAGAAGAUUCUGUGGCACAGAUUUAGGUAAAGGGCAAAAUACUCACUGGAAAAAUUAAAUAUUGGCUAGCUACCACGGAGAUUUGACCCUAGCUGGCAAACGUGGAACUCUGCAAAUACUUGGAGCCAUUAAUUAUGUGUACUUGUUUUAUUCAUAAUUUGUCAUGUUCUGGGAUACCAAAAGUAAUAAUGGCUGAACUUAACAAAAUUUUUAACCUCAUCUUAAUAUCCACUGAUCCAUCUCAUUCAAUGGUAAUAGUCAAUGUUUUCUAAAGGAACAUAAAAACAAACAUGCACACAAUUGCACAGUUUUCAUAAAGGUCUAUUUCAUUAUUGGUGGGUAGCGCAUUUAACAGUUAAAUACAUUUAAAUAAUGUAUAGGUGACUGCAGGACUGCAGCAUUGGUAACUAGAUAACCAAUUCAACUAGAAACCAGCUAACAAGGAACUGUCUAAAUACUUAAAAUACAGCUCUUGUUGAGAUCAUCCUUUGUUUUGAUCAUCUU